CCCGUGCCCAAAUGCGUGCUCGGUCACGUGUUCCGUAAUGCACGUUCAAGUGGACGUCCCGACUGCGUCAUUUGCGCGCCGCCUCGUUCCCGAUGCACUUCUUUUCCCGAAAGCCUAAAGAUAGAUGUUUCGAUUUCAGUCCCUGGAUGAAGACUGUACGUUGGAGGAAGAAGACGAGGGACUGAUAGAAGAGGAAGAUGAAAUUGAUCAGUUCAACGACGACACCUUCGGAGCUGGGGCCAUCGAUGACGACUGGCAGGAGGAACACAAACGCCUCGCUGAGCUCGAUGAGAGGGACGGGCUAGGAGCAGGGAUGGGAGGAGAAUCAGAUGGAGUAGCUGAGGACUCGUCCUCCGCCCAUCUCCCUUCCUCUGUGGGCCAUCUCCCCCUUCCACCUUCCUUCCCUUCACUCAAAUUCUCCCCGUCUUCCUCUGGACUGCCUCCACCAGAUGUUGAGGAUCGAGGAGGGGAAGGUGACUUGGCUGAGUCCCUGGCCAGACUCAUCCUGGAGGCCGACCCUGCCAUUGCUGGGGUCGGGGCGGCCGAGAGGCCCAGUCCAUCCCCCAGCUCUUCAGGAUCCAUCCUGUCUGCUCUGCAGGGGUUGGACCCGCCCAGAGUCCUGCCCCAGCCUUCGUCCAUCCCACAUCCCACUCAACCAUACCAGCAUCCCCAUCACCCCCAGCACCAGCUGCCUACUGGGCCCUCCACCUCAGGCCUUCCUCUUGGCCCUUCUCCCUCAUCCAUGCUCAGCUACCAACAGCAGCAGCACUUGCUGCGCAGAGGGACUGCUCCUAUGGGCCAGAUGAACUCUCACAGUAUCUGGGAGAACAGUAUGGGUUUUGGGCCAGUCAGUGUCACCCCCGGACUGGUUACACACAUGGAGGAUAGUCCACUAAUGUCUAUAAUCAAGGAGGUGGGCCUUCCUAAACGACCUCCUCAGGGUAGGAAUGAUGAAGGACGGGAUUUGUCAGAGAGGGUCCCACCUCCACGCUCUUCUUCCCCUGUGAUUGGCUCCCCUCCGGUGAGGGCAGUGCCUAUUGGGACCCCACCUAAACAGCCAAUGAGCCACACUCUGAAUCAUCAGAUCCACCAUCCCACAGCAGUUCAUGUGAGAGCCCCGGUCCAGCACAGAUAUCCUCCCCCUUUCCCAGAGCGUCUGUCACCCAACACCCUCCUCAAUAUAGCUAACUCUCCGCUGUGUCGCGGUCCGUUCCCUCCCGGAGUUGGUCCAGUCCUGUCUCAGAUUCAACGGGCCCAGUUGCUCAACUCUCAGGUGGCUGGUUUUCCCCAUGGCGGUCCAGCGCCUCCUUUGUUACCAGGUGGUGGUGGUUUCAGGCCAUUCUUCGGGGGCCCUCCUCCUCCACACGGACACCGAAUGGGCCCACCGCCCCCUCAUGGCCCCUCCAACCACACGCCACCCAUCCGGCACAACACCACCCACCUCCACCCCCAGCACCGCCGGAUGCUUACCCAGCGCAUGCAGAACCGAGGAGGGGACCGUGGCAGGACUGGAGGGGACCGGCGCAGCAGGGAUCCCUACAGUAACCUGAUGACUCAGAAAGAGAAGGAAUGGGUAACCAAGAUCCAGAUGAUGCAGCUGCAAAGUACUGACCCUUACCUGGAUGACUACUACUAUCAGAACUACUAUGAAAAGAUGGAGAAACGUCAGGAAAGAGAGAGAGACAGCAGCAAGAAGGAACACACCACCAAAUUGAUCACUCCACAGGUCGCCAAGGUUGAACACACCUACAGACCAGUUCAGUUUGCCGGCUCUCUGGGUAAGCUGACAGUCUCCAGCGUCAACAACCCCCGCAAGAUGAUUGAUGCUGUGGUGACCACUCGCACAGAUGAUGAGGAGAAAAGAGAGAAGCAGGUUUGGAAUAAGAGGCGUCAGAUCCUCUACACUGUGGAGAAGAUGUACAGUUUGCUGCUGGAGGUUCAAGAUUUUGAGAAACGUUUUGUCCAGGCGCCAGAGGAGGACAGGGAGGCUCUGCUGGAGCAGCAUAAAACCAACACCGUGCAGCUGUGCAAAUCUCUGAGGGAGAAGGAGUGGGAUGACAGAGUGAGUGAUGAGCAGUGUGUGAUGAUCAUGUCGGUGAGGAAGGGCAAGCGGCUUAUCUCCAGACUCCUCCCCUUCCUGUCUUCACCACAGGCCGCCGCCGUUGUCAUGGCGAUUGCCCGCAACCUUCCUGCCUUGGCCAAGAAGGACAAACAGGACCAGGUGCUGUGCUGGUUAGUGGAGCCGGUUUCUGCAGUGAUCCAGUCAUUGUCAAGCUCUGCCCUCACAGACUUGCUCCAGGAGCUUCAGGGCAACGAGGGCCAACUGGCCAUAGUACUGCACAACAAGUUUGGUGUGACACUGCUGUAUCUGAUCCUGAGUGAAGGGGAGAGGAUGCAAAGCGCCGACCCCAACUGUCAACUCAUGGACGACAAUCGAUGGACUGAGUUGGUGUUUUCAGUGACGAGGGAGUUGCUCAGCGUUCCUUCCUCAUCCCUCUCUCCACCCUUCUUCACCCCUCCCAACCUGCUCUCCCUCCUGUCACGAUACGUUGAUCGGCAGAGGCUGGAGCUGUUGCAGGACAAGCUACAGAUCUCUGCUUUGUCCAGGUAGAAGUUACAGACAUCAACACAACCCCCUCCCCACUCGAGGCAGACCUUUCUUUUUGUGUGUGUCAGAAGUGUGUGUGUGUCUGUGUGCGGUUCUUGAGGUGAAUCCAUGGUGGAUAAUUUUAUUCCAGCAGAAUCUCUAGUCACUUUUGUUUUUCUUUGGGUUUAGUCUCGUGUGUGUGUGUGUGUGUGUGUGUGUGUGUGUGUGUAUGUGUGUACACAACAGUGACACAGAGAGCGUAUGAGAGACGGACAGUCUGAAUGACGAUAAAAAUGAAAUCUGCAUUUUUAAAUAUCUUGUUUACGAUUAUACCUGUGAUGAACCUUCAAAUUAAAAGGCAUUUCUAUUAUAUAAAAA